CUAGCCUACUAAUCUCUUGACAGAUUCACUCACUCCCAGCCCCUCGUCGUCUCCCUCACUGGUUGCGGUGUCUUGCCCUCACCCACGACCCAACCACUCCUCAGUACUCACACACACUGCCCCUGGUUCUUUGGGUGCCGCCGCUCGCGUCUGCUCCACCGUGCUCUGCCUUGCUUGCUCGUCUUCCUUGUCGUCAGUCCCCUUCUCUUCGCCCUCUAAACUUAACUUCCUCCAUAACCGCCGUGCUUACAUCCGUUUGGUGAAUCUGAGAGAGCAAUGACAUACCUGCUUCCUCCACCACUGAUAUUACCAUGCCCAUGUGGAUGGUGGAAUCACAUCCUUGCACCACCAAGCUCAACCGCAACAACAAUGAACCCUGUUCAGAGGCGUGGUCUUAGUGGAAGUGGGCAGCCAGGGGAGGAUUUUGUUGGUAGGAGUAGGAGUAGGAGCGUGAGGUGCAUGGCCAAUCCUAGGAGAGUGAAGAUGGUGGCGAAGCAGAUUCAGAGGGAGCUUUCUGAUAUGCUCCUCACAGACAAAGUCUUGCAGUUCGCGGUUCUUCCAGAAGCUUCCUUGGGCGCUGACCGCUACCUCUCAUCUCUGACCACCAUAAGUGAUGUUGAAGUCUCUUCCGACUUGCAGGUGGUUAAGGUGUAUGUGUCCGUUUUUGGAGAUGAAAGAGGGAAGGAAGUUGCGAUGGCUGGAUUGAAGUCUAAGGCCAAAUACGUCCGCAGUGUGCUCGGCAGGCGUAUGAAGCUUCGCUUGACUCCUGAGAUACGCUUUAUAGAGGAUGAGUCUUUUGAGAGAGGAAGCAGGGUGAUUGCAAUAUUAGAUAAAAUAAAAAAUGAGAAGAGUUUGGAGAAUCAAAACGGGGAGCUCUUGGAUUCAUCAGCGCAUGAUGAUGAUAAUUGGGAUGAUGUAGAUCCUGAUGAAGGUAUCAUUUACGUGGACUAGCUGCCUCUCACGGUGCGUCAUUAUUUUGGCUGUUGAUAGACAAACCAUUCAGAGUUGAUAGGGAAAGUUGGCUAUAGAGUGGGGCUAUAAGUUUGGUAGAGAUUGAUGCCAUGCCAUUACCCGAUCAUGAAGCCAACCCAAUGUCAACACAGUUGCCCACCCUCGCUAAGAAUCAUAUCGUAAGGUUUUCUUCUCCUUAUGUAACUGUUACCCAGGUUUGGGAUGUCAGUAUACAAAUAGUUUUUCUUUGGUAAGUGGAAACUGGAAAUGAUAAUAUUUGCAUUUCCCAAGAACUUUAUGGUUAAUAUUGCUGACCAGAUUUAGGUGUCUAACAAUAUUGCAUGUAAAUUGUAAUUCUAGAGUUUAUUUGGUUGUGAUUUGGUCUUGA